AUGUCGAAGGUGUCGAGGCAGCCGCCGGAGGGCGGGAGGAGCCCGAAGCCGGGCAAGUCGAUCCUGAAGCCGGGCCCGUUGUCCUACAAGCGGAAGGUGCUCGAGCAGCUGCUGCUCGAGAGCGGCGCCGCCACCGACGAGGCGGAGAGGGAGCCUUCGACAGAGAAAAUCGACGACGGCGAUGGAAAGAAGGUGGACCAGCAGAGCAAUGAGGCGCGCAAACGGAUCAAAAUCAAAUCGGACGGGUCCGUUACUAUUAUAUCCUGCGAUAAUAGAAGCGAAGGCGACGGGGAUAGGUUAGAGGAGGAUGGCAGGAGCGGCAGUUCCGAUGAUAAAAUCAUUUUAGUUAAAGCCCAUACGGUUCACAUUCACAAUCAUUUUUACAGGAAGUCCUAA